AUGACUGACACCUACGAUUUUAUCAUCGUUGGGGGGGGCAACUCUGGCCUGCUCUUAGCGACGCGACUGGCAACGGCGUUGCCAGAAAGCUCGGUGGUGGUUCUGGAAUCUGGCAGUGCGUUUCCUGACAACUCGCAUCUUUGCCAGUAUGAUAGAUACCAUGCCUGGCAACGGCCCGACUUAGAUCUCGGGUAUAUUACAACGCCCCAAACUUCCCUCAAGGGCCAGGUACUCCCUUAUCUCCGCGGCAAGGGCCCAGGAGGCUGCACCAACGUCAACUUCUUGACGUACACUCGGGGCUCUGCGGAGGAUUAUAAUUACUGGGCUGAGCUUGUUGGCGAUGACUCGUGGAAGUGGGAACAUACUUUCAGGAGGUUCAAGGAGAUAGAGACUUUUCACGCAGAGCUGUCUGAGGACAUGAAGAAAUACUCCAAUCCCUUACCAGAGGACCAUGGAUAUAAUGGACCGGUGCAUGUGAGCUUACCUGCUCAAUGGGAAAAUGGUAUAACGGAGCUUUUGGAUGCAGGGACAAGAUACGGGCUGCCGUUAAAUAUGGAUACUAACUCUGGAAACCCUAUUGGGUUGUCCAUACCACCUACUACAACAUUUAAAGGCUAUCGCUGGACCAGCGAGUCUAUAUACACGAACUAUCGCCCUGCGAAUUUGAAGAUGCUAACUGACAUAAAAGUUGCCAAGGUUGUCUUUGAAAACAAAGUAGCAGUUGGAAUCCAAGCAGCAGAUGGGAGGAAAUUCACCGCGAAUCGGGAAGUAAUACUGUCUGCCGGUGUAUUCGAUUCCGCGAAGAUUUUGCUGCUAUCUGGUAUUGGACCCACUCAGGAGCUCUCCCAGCAUAAUAUUCAAACUAUCCAUGAUCUUCCUGGGGUAGGCAAGGGACUAUCCGAUCACCCCUUAGUUGUUAUAGGAGCGUCAUUCGCGCCAGGUGUGGGCCUCAGUGAUCGGACUCAAUUUGAUUCAAAUCCUGCCGCCCUCGAAGCUGCACGAGAACAGUGGAAACGGGACGGAACCGGGGAGAUGAACCUGCACCGGUCUUGCGUCAUUACCGGAUGGCUCAAGGAAAAUUCCAUUCUUACAACAAGCGAAUAUCAAAACCUAGACACUCUCUCAAAGCAAUAUCUAACCAAAGAUUCCGUUCCUCAUUAUGAGCUCUUUCUCGCAGGGCCCCAUUUCCCCCCGACAUACGUUGUUCCUGAGGGGACAUCAUACCUCUCUACCGUCGUCUGCCUUAUGAAUAUGCAAUCUAGGGGAGAAAUCACACUGAAAUCCGCAAACGUGAAUGAUCCGCCAGUCAUUGACCCCAAGUACAUGUCACACCCGUUUGAUCGAAAGAUGUUGACCUUGGCAAUAAGGGAAGCUAUGAAGUUUUAUCAGUCCGGCGCAAUUGAGAAGGAAUUUAAGGGAUACGUCCUGGCCCCGAAAAGCCAGUCGGACGAAGAUAUCCAUGAAUUCAUCGACGAGAACCUACUUCCGGUCUUCCAUGCCAACGGAACCCUAAAAAUGGGCAAACCAGACGACCCAAUGGCGUGUACGGAUCCGAGCUUCCGCGUCUAUGGCGUUGAGAAGUUGCGAGUCGUGGAUUUGAGUGUUUGUCCAAUCACACCGAAUCAACCCACAGCCUAUCUGGUGGCACAGACAGCUGCAGAGAAAAUUAUAGCGGAAUAUGGUGGAAGAAGAUAG